UAUACGCCAAAGUUUAUUGUUUUGCCUUUUUUAAAUUCUAUAUGCAUUUUGUGCUGGUGGUGUUACAAAUAAUGGCCGCGGUUUAUUUCGUUUUCAUUUCCCGUAUAUAAAGGCCCUUCCCGCAAGAAAAAUCUAUUAAGCUUCUGUUUCUGUAUAGAGUUGAUCACUUAUGGAGUCGCUGUGGUAUAUAAACAUGGAGAUGUAUAAACCACCGACCGCUGAUGGAUAUGGUUGCGCAGUUGUCAGCCGAACAUGGAUCAGCUGUUUUUCUAUUCCGCGGGCACACAUUUUUGCUUAUCUUUUGUUUGUUUUUCCUCAGAAAUGGGCUGGGCAAUGCAAAUUGAAGGUUACGUAAUUAUUCAUCGACCAUCAAUCAAAGCCAUUGUGUAAGCCUGACGCGUUGCAUUAUUGCCUAUAAGCGCUUAAUGCGGAAGUUAGAUUCAAGGUGAAAUCAGGAUGGAUCUUUAAUAACGAGAGCAAUAUUGCCGGAAGUGUAGUAGCCGCGUGUAUAUAUAAAGAGACGCCAUCCAUAUCGCACCGGAAUUCAUUGUCAUCCAGUUGUCAACGAUCGUCAUGAAGAUCUCUGUGUGGAUUCACGCAGUUGCUGUCCAGUUCUACAUCUCCGAAGUCAAAGCCACUACGACUGGGCAUGGCCGCAUUCACGACGCUGGUAACGGACUUGCAGCCUAUUUACCCGAAAGGUAUACGCCCAUGCCCUGGGCUCUUCGUCCACGUGCCCACACGACUCCUAACGUUGUUGCUGCUUAUUUACCUAACCAAUAUGGAACGAUCCAGUGGAAACCGUGGGCUCAUCCUCCGCGUUUAAACGACCCUCCUAAAAUCGUCGCCGCCUAUUUACCUGAUCAGCAUUCCUCGAUAUCCUGGCGUUUACCGUUGCAGCUCCAGGAAAGGACUGGUCGUUCGGCUCACGUGGUUUCUCGUGCGUCCGCUAGAGGUCCACGACUACUAGCGGGUCAGUCGCUUCCAUUCACGCGGACCAUUCAACCGAUUCCCGCUCAGAAAACUUCCUGAAACUAUGCCCGAUGAAAUGAGUGGCUUCUCCCUGUCACAAUAAAGUUCACGUUUUUAACUAACGUCAGAUCAGCUACGUAAUUACCAUCAAAUUUCUUUGUUUAAAGACUAGUAUCCUUUUCUAGUAGCAAAAGGAUUUAACUCAAUACUUUUGUUUAUACCUCAAUUACUCGGACCUCAUAAAGUCAUAAUAUUUAAUGCAAUAAAUGGGUCGUUUUUUCUUUGAAAAUUCCCAGGAAUUCCAAGAUGUCCCAGUUUUAUUCAUCUUUUUGCAAUCAAACCAAAUUAUUAAACAGUGAAAUAAAACGAUCACACAUUUCAUUUACCUAAAUAACCACUUGAUGGUUAAAUUUAAUCGUGGCGGGAUUCGAACCC